UGCAGUGGGCGAAAUACCCACAGAGGAUUUUUUGGAGAUAUUUUAUUUUAUUUCUCCAAUUCCCCCCGAAGAUCUCUUAAGAACUAUUAAAAAAACAAUAAGUAAUUAUAUUUGUUUAACCAAUCUGGCAGUAAUGUUUUAAUGUGAUUGUUAAUUAACAAUAGCAACUACGGUAUUAGGUAAUAUAAUCAUUGUGAAGACAAGGUUAAGGUCUAAGGUACAUAUAUAAAAAUCCCGACAUCUUUCAAUUGUAUUUUAAAACAUAAAAACCAUUAAACUUGAAACAUCAUGUACUUUAUAAUAUUAUUGAUGUGUUGUUCUGAUAUAAAUGGUGCCUUAAUUUCUUCUUCUACUGAAGUGAUACAAGAUACGAGUAGUGAUGAUAGCAUUUUUAGCAAAUUGUUGACAAAAAAUCGCAUAACAGAAGAUGAAGCUUCAGUAUAUACAGAUAAAGUACCUGAUUAUGGUUCAAUAUUAUCAAAUUAUGGUUCACAUUAUAUGGGGAAUCCGCAGUAUCUUAAAGACUUCAGAAAUGCCCGACAUGGAAACUACAAGAAUUCACCUAUAAUAACUCCUAAACAUGUAGGAGAUGAUUUACAUCAUUACAGUAAUGUAUUCUAUGAUGACGGUUCAUAUAAGCCUCAUUUAGUUAUUCAAAAAUACUAAAUUAGAUUCUUUCACACUUUUAAAAUACUAUUUUUGGUUUGUCAAUAUUCGGCAUUUUUAAAUUACUUUUCUUUAAUUACUUCGUAUAAAUUUUGAUUUGGAUAUAAUAACAAAUAUAAUUUAUAUAAUAAACAAAGUCAUUCAAUGAUAUCACAAAGAAUGCUGUGAAAAUAAUUAAACAAAACUAAGCUUUUAUGAAAGCUUGGCAUCAAACAUUUAAAUUAAGUUUUAAAAAAGCUUGACUUUAUGUUUACCACUCAAAAUAUUUUCUUCUUAUAAAGACAAAUUUAAUAAAAUUAAUAAUA